AUGUUAUCAAAAGUUGUAUUUCUUGUAGUUUGCGCGUCGGUUACCUGUUUUCCUAGAUUAACUAAUUUACAGCCACCUUUUAGUUUCUACACGCGUUCAGACUGGCAUGCUCAACCGGCUACAGAUUUAACUCCGCUGUCAACUCCAGUACCCUACGUGAUUAUCCAUCACACGUAUAAGCCUGACGCAUGUGCUAGCCAUCAAGAAUGUAUCACAGCUAUGCAGUCAAUGCAAAGAUACCACAUGGAGAGCCUAGAUUGGGGUGAUAUUGGAUAUAACUUCUGUAUAGGCAAUAGUGGAGAUGUUUAUGAAGGAAAAGGGUGGGAAAGAAAGGGUAUACACGCAGGCAAAGCCAAUGGUGUCAGUAUAGGUAUCUGCCUAAUUGGUGAUUGGAGAGUUGAUCAGCCACCACAGGACAUGUUGGUGGCUACCAAGGCUUUAAUUCAGAUGGGAGUAGACAGGGGAAUCAUUAGUCCUGACUAUAAGUUAGUUGGCCACAACCAAGUGAUGGCAACACAAUGUCCCGGCGCAGCUCUCUUCGAUAUUAUUUCAAAAUGGGAUCAUUUCGCAAACAAAUUCAGUGUAGCUUAG